ACACACGAGUUCCAAUAACUGUCAUGUUAUUCGAUCACGAAAUUUUUCUGAGUGACGCACUCAAUUUAAUUAUUUUUUUUGUGGACAAAAUCUCCAGUUACCCCAGUCAAAAUUUCGAAUAGAAAAAUUCAAGAUGGAGGAGAUAGAACCUUUAGUGGCCCCCAUUGCUAUAGGAGACACUUAUCAGCAACAACAAGAAACGAAGCCACAGGAAAAUGAAACAUUCAAUCCAUUUCUCCAGUCUCCUGCGGAUACUGAAGUUAUGAACAGUGAAGUUUCCGAAGAGGAGGAAACCUCUACACUGAAAUCUGAUGACCUAACAGAGAACGAAAUGCCAACGAAUUCAAAGAGUGAGAUUGAUCUGCACGAGGAGAAGACGGACAGAGUUUUGAUGAGAAACAUAUACAACAAUGUUAUUAGUAGUUUUGUAUUCCUCAUAUACAAGGUCAUUAUACCUUUUGGAGAAUACGUGCUGACGAAUUCAACCCUAUGGAUUAUUUUGAAAUCGACACUAGAAGUAUUACUGGAAAUGUUAUUAUACAUCAUUUUGGCGAUCUGUUAUGUCUUUCUCAAGUUCAUUUCACAAAUCGAGAAUAAAACUAAACCAAAGAAGAAUGAAGAUGAAGUAACAGUAAAGGCUAGUUAAAUCCAAAGAAAAUCAUUUAGGACACAACAUCUCAACGAGAUUCUGAGGGUAUCAUUUCAUAAGCUUUUUUGUGGUAUGUGCAAGAUAUAUAUUGUAUGUAUCGAAAGGUGAUAAGACAGAGUAGAUUUCAUGUUUGAAAUAUUUUUCCUUUGGAAUAUGUUCCAUGAACUGGACUGAUGUUUCAGGAUAUGUAGAAUAAAAAG